AUGUCCGCUGCAGGCCUUGAUAUGUCACUUGAUGAAAUCAUUGCAAAAAAAAAACCUUCGAGAGGAAAUAGGAGUGGAGGCCCUACCCGUGGUGGUGGCAUUGCAAAACGUUCAGGUGGACCAGUUAGAAACACUCGAUCUUCACUGGCUAGAUCUCGCCCUUACGCCGCAACCUCUACAGCAACAAACAUCUCCGCUUCUCCCGAAGGAAAAAUCCUUGUUUCAAACCUCGCUUACAAGGUGUCAGAGGCAGAUCUUUGGACCUUUGUACGAAAAUUUUUAUCGUCAACGGCCCUUCUUCGCCUUGUUGCUUUGGUACCUGGAGAAUCAGAAAUCUUUUCUGCAAC